AUGCCACUUGUGUAUGUGCAGAUGUUGGCGGACUUGAGCGGUCUGCCUGUGGUCUCCUCAGUCAAUGUUUUGGAGACUGGUCAGGUGCUGCCGCAAAAAGGCGGAAAUGUCAACGUCUACGUGGGGACACCUAUCACGGUGGUGUUUACUGUGACGGACCCCAAUGCUGGUAAUGUAAUCACAGCCUCAAGCAGCUCCUUGCCGUCUGGAGCCACCCUCACAACCACACCCAGCAGCGGUGUCGCACCCGUAAAUGUGACCUUCAGCUGGACCCCUAGUGCCACCUCCCCUGCCUCGGCGGCUGCAUUCUGGGACGCGACGCCACGCAGUCCCCGCACCGCCACCUACUGCCUCCUCAUCAGCAGCAACGCCUCACUAGUUAGCCCUACUGCUGAGUGCGCGGGCAUGGACACCGUACGCAGAGUCGACAUGGUUGUGGAUGCAACGUGCGUGCAACAGAAGCCCAAGCCCAUCACGGUAGUAACCGUCAACGGCCGUGUGCCACAGCAUAACCUCCAGACAAUCGAUUAUGAUGGUGCAGAGUACGGCGUACUAACGAUCAAACGGAUUGAUGCGUUGUUCCAGAGCAUACCGGACAAUGGGCUAUCUGUGUGCCUGACUUUCAACAAGGCGCCUGGUAGCAGGUGCAAUAGCCCCCAGGCUCUGUUCCGUGGUCCCACCAUCGUGUACCAGAUCACCAGCAUUGACUUCAUGUGCUGCCCCACGUCGGAGGCGCCGGAGUCCUGA